GCAGAACUUUGUUCAGUGGGUUGAGAAGGAUCAAGCAGGACUUUUGGAUCAUAAGCGUCUAGAGAUUUUAAAGGGGUCAGUUCAAGACGGAAAACUUCUACUCCACUGUGAAACCCCUUGACAAGAGAUUGGAGGGCCCGAUGGCUGCCAAAUCCCAGCCCAACGCUCUCAAGAGUCCAGAUGGCGUCGCCAAGGGCAGGGCUGCCCCUCACGGGCAGUGGGGUCGUGCCUGGGAGGUGGACUGGUUCUCCUUGGUGAGUGUCGUCUUCCUGCUGCUGUUCGCGCCCUUCAUCGUGUACUACUUCGUCAUGGUGUGUGACCAGUACAGCUGCUCUCUGACCGCCCCCGUGCUGGACCUGGCCACCGGGCGUGCUAGUCUCUCAGAGAUCUGGGCCAAGACGCCACCAGUGACGAAGAAAGCGGCCCAGCUCUACGCCCUGUGGGUCACGUUCCAGGUGCUUUUGUACAUGGCGCUUCCUGACUUCUGCCAUAAGUUUCUGCCGGGCUACGUGGGCGGCGUUCAGGAGGGCGCCGUGACUCCCGCAGGAGUUGUCAACAAGUACCAAGUCAACGGCCUGCAGGCGUGGCUCAUCACGCAUCUGCUCUGGUUUGCGAACUCGCACCUCCUCUCCUGGUUCUCUCCCACCAUCAUCUUCGACAACUGGAUCCCGCUGCUCUGGUGUGCCAACAUCCUCGGCUAUGCCGUGUCCACGUUCGUCAUGGUCAAGGCCUACCUCUUCCCCACCAGUGCUGAAGACUGCAAAUUCACAGGCAAUUUCUUCUACAACUACAUGAUGGGCGUGGAGUUUAACCCCCGAAUUGGAAAGUGGUUUGACUUCAAGCUGUUCUUCAAUGGACGCCCUGGGAUCGUCGCCUGGACCCUCAUCAACCUGUCCUUUGCAGCCAAGCAGCAGGAGCUCUACGGCCAAGUGACCAACUCCAUGGUCUUGGUCAACGUCCUGCAGGCCAUCUACGUGCUGGACUUCUUCUGGAACGAGACCUGGUACCUGAAAACCAUUGACAUCUGCCACGACCACUUCGGGUGGUACUUGGGCUGGGGGGACUGCGUCUGGCUGCCAUACCUGUACACACUGCAGGGUCUGUACCUGGUCUACCACCCCGUGCAGCUGUCCACCCCCCACGCCAUGGGCGUCCUGCUGCUGGGCCUGCUCGGUUACUACAUCUUCCGGAUGGCCAACCAUCAGAAGGACCUGUUCCGCCGCACGGACGGGCGCUGCCUCAUCUGGGGCAGGAAGCCCAGGGUCAUCGAGUGUUCGUACACGUCGGCGGACGGGCAGAAACACCACAGCAAGCUGCUAGUGUCUGGCUUCUGGGGCGUGGCCCGCCACUUCAACUACACGGGGGACCUGAUGGGCAGCCUGGCCUACUGCCUGGCCUGCGGCGGGGGCCACCUCCUGCCCUACUUCUACGUCAUCUACAUGACCAUCCUGCUGACCCACCGCUGCCUCCGUGACGAGCACCGCUGCGCCAGCAAGUACGGCAGCGACUGGGAGCGCUACACCGCCGCCGUGCCUUACCGCCUGCUGCCGGGAAUCUUCUAGGGGACCUGC